CCGCGGCCUGACGCUCUUCUCCGUCUUCCCCUCGGUCCCCAUCCCGCCCCUCCGCCUGGGCUACAGCCUCGUCAGUGGCCCGGGGCUCCGGUCCUUCCGCCGGCUGCGCCGCGCUCGCCCGGCUCCUGCCCAGGCCGCCUUGGCGCCCGCUGCGUCUCCGGGAAGGGGCGGUCCUGCGCUACGGCGCACGGGGCGGAUCCGCCGUGGCGGGCCGGUCCCUCCUGUGCUGCUCCGGGAGGCUGAUGGCCGCGAUCUAUGGCGGCGUGGAGGGGCGUUUCCAUCCUGGUGCCCGCGCGCCGCGCAUGGCGCCUGCAACAGUCUGCAACAGCAAUGCGUGAAGACAUCCCUUGAAGCUCCCAAAUACAGCCACAGAAAUGCAUGGCAUGCAGUCUAUUGCAAUAUCGCGAAGGCAUAUAUGCGUUAUAUAAUGAUGAUGUGCGUGUGUGUUGUAUAUACCUAAGCCAAACUCUCCUGCUUUUCAUGGGGUGGAAGGGGAAGGUGUUAGAACCUCGCGAGAGCCCUUCAAGCAGCAGACGGAUCAGGCCCAAGGGGGCCCAGCUGCCCGACCCCGGUUGUCGUAGGGGCAGCCUGAUGCCUCCAACAGGAAGCCGGCAGGCAGGACUGGAGAAGGUUCCGCACUUGCGAUUCCCGGCAACUGGUACUCAGUUCCAACAUGGACAUUGUGGCUAGUAGCCAUUUGCAGCCUUAUUCUCCAGGCAUCUGGCUAGUUCUCUUUUGGAAUCAUCCACGUUGGUGGCUACUGGAAGGUUCCUGUGGGAGCAAAUCCUGUUGUUCCUUAUGUGCUGUGUGAAGAGGGGGGGAACCCACUCAAAGGUGGUUCUGAUCUCUGAAGAUGGCAAGAUCCUGGCAGAGACUGAGGGGCCCUGCACCAACCAUUGGCUGGUUGGGUCUGACAAAUGCCUGGAAAGGAUCAACACCAUGGUCAGUGAAGCCAAAGGGAAGGCGGGUGCCAAUCCACAAGUCCCCCUUCGCUCCCUGGGUCUCUCUCUCAGUGGAGGGGAGCAGAAGGAAGCCAUCAAGAAGCUCAUCGAGGAGAUGAAGGCCCGCUUUCCCCACCUGAGUGAAAAUUACUACAUCACCACGGAUGCCAUCGGGGCCAUGGCCACGGCUACUGACCACGGUGGCGUGGUCCUCAUCUCCGGGACUGGCUCCAACUGCAAACUUAUCAAUCCGGAUGGCUCACAGAUCAGCUGCGGCGGAUGGGGCCACAUGAUGGGUGAUGAGGGGUCAGCUUAUUGGAUUGCCCAUCAGGCAGUGAAGAUGGUGUUUGACAGCUUGGACAACCUCGAAGCUCCCCCCCAUGACAUCAGCUACAUCAAGCAAGCCAUGUUUGACUAUUUCCAGGUCUCUGACAGGAUGGGGCUCCUGACUCAUCUCUACAGAACCUUUGAGAAGUCCAAGUUUGCAGGGUUUUGCCAGAAGCUGGCUGAAGGAGCCAAGGUUGGGGACCCACUUUGCUGCUACAUUUUCAACAAGGCUGGGGAAGUCCUGGCAAGACACAUCAUAGCUGUACUGCCAAAAAUUGACCAGAGCCUUUUCCAAGGUGACCUGGGGCUGCCCAUUGUAUGCGUUGGAUCGGUGUGGAACAGCUGGGAAAUGAUGAAAGAAGGGUUCCUCCAGGUCCUCAACCAGGCCCACAGUGAGCAUCUCAGCAGCGCCUUCUCCAAAUUUAGCCUCUUGAAGCUGAAACAGUCAUCGGCUCUGGGAGGGGCCAGCCUGGGGGCCAAGCGCAUUGGGCAAGCCCUGCCCCUGGACUAUGCAGCCAACGUGGAUGUCUUUUACACACACUCCUUUGCUUAGAAGAGGGCCUCUCAGGCCUGGCCUCCUCUCUCUCCAUGCCAUGUGUCGGUACUUUUUAAAUGUUAAAAAGACUGUCUAUUCUGUUUUGGAAGGAAUCAUGUUGGACCUUUUGUAUGUUUCUUAACAUUCAUUUUAAAAAAAAAAAGCAAGACCAAGCUG